AACAGCGGCACGCAUUUCUCUUUUGUUUCAGGGUAUUGCUCCAACAUGGAUGGACAAACUACUCUUCCAGAGCGUCCGAAGGAGCCAGCUGCUCCUACGGAGUCCGCUGCAAAUAAUUCUCCAGCCGUUGAACAGGCUACUAAACCCGCGAAAGCGCCCAAGAAACCAAAGCCGCCAAAAGCCCCGAAAGCGCCCAAAGAGCCAAAGCCUCCGGCUCAGAAGAAGCAGAGCGCACCGAAUGUGCCAGCUCCUCCUGCAGACCCUAAUUCCAUGUUCAAGGAAGGGUUUCUCAAGGCGGUUCAUGCGGAACGACCUGCAGAGCGUGUUUUCACUCGAUUCCCCCCCGAGCCAAAUGGAUAUCUUCACAUUGGACAUAGUAAGGCGAUUGCGAUCAAUUUUGGAUUUGCGCGAUACCAUGGCGGAGACUGCUAUUUGCGAUUUGACGACACAAAUCCCGAGGCGGAAGAAGAGAAAUAUUUCGUUGCUAUCCGAGAGAUGAUUGAGUGGUUGGGUUUCAAACCAUAUAAAGUAACAUAUUCCAGCGACAAUUUUGAUAAGCUUUACGAGCUUGCAGAGGAGCUUAUCAGGAGGGACAGAGCCUAUGUCUGCCACUGCUCAGAUACCGAAGUCAAGCAACAACGAGGCGGCGAAAACCACGGUCCCCGUUAUGCAUGUGUCCACCGCAGUCGCCCUACCGAGGAAUCUCUUCAAGAAUUCCGUGCUAUGAGAGACGGCAAAUAUAAGCCCAGGGAGGCUUUUCUUCGCAUGAAGCAAAACCUUGAAGAUGGCAAUCCUCAGAUGUGGGAUCUUUCUGCGUAUCGUGUCUUGAAUGCAUCUCACCACCGAACCGGCGAUAAAUGGUGCAUCUACCCUACCUACGACUUCACCCACUGCUUGUGUGAUAGCUUCGAGAAUAUCUCCCACUCAUUGUGUACAACUGAAUUUCAGUUGUCUAGAGUUUCUUAUGAGUGGCUUUGCGAUGAGCUUGAUGUAUACAAGCCCAUGCAGAGAGAGUAUGGACGACUCAACGUUACAGGAACGGUCCUUUCGAAGCGCAAGAUUGCCAAGCUUGUCAACGAACAUUACGUUCGAGGCUGGGACGAUCCCCGACUUUAUACCUUGGUCGCUCUGCGGCGACGUGGUGUGCCCCCUGGUGCAAUUCUCUCCUUCAUUAAUGAGCUGGGUGUCUCAACGGCUCUUACAAACAUUCAACUUGCUCGAUUCGAGCAAAGCGUCCGUCGCUAUCUCGAGACAACCGUGCCACGGCUCAUGGUAGUUCUCGACCCCAUUCCGGUCGUGAUCGAAAACUUACCCGACGGGUACGUGGAAGAGGUUGAAGUGCCUUUCUCGCCCAAGGAUCCGUCUAUGGGCGGCCACGUCGUUCCUUUCACGAAAGUCGUAUACGUCGACCGCAGCGAUUUCCGAGAGAUUGACAGCAAGGAUUAUUUCCGUCUCGCACCAGGAAAAUCUGUUGGACUCCUCAAAGUUCCUUACCCAAUUAAGGCCACCACCUUUUCGAAGGACCCUACUACUGGCCUUGUUACCGAAGUUCGUGCCGUCUACGAGAAGCCAGAGGAAGGUGCAACUUUCAAAAAGCCAAAGACAUAUAUUCAAUGGGUUGGUUCCUCGGAAAAGCACCAUUCUCCCGUCAAGGUCGAAGCACGCAUGUUCUAUUCUCUUUUCCGCUCGGAGAAUCCUGAUGCUACUGAGGGCGGUUUUAUCAACGAUAUCAACCCCGACAGUGAACAAAUAUUCCCUAAUGCUAUGGUUGAGACUGGCCUAGAUGAUGUGCGCAAGCGUGCGCCCUGGCCGCAGGAGGAAGGAGAGAAGAACAUUGCCAACAAGGAUGCGGGUUACGAGACUGUGCGAUUUCAAGGCUUGAGAAUCGCAUACUUUUGCUUGGACAAAGAUAGCACUUCCGACAAGCUCGUCCUUAACAGAAUUGUUGGUCUGAAGGAGGAUGCCGCAAAGUCAUCUUAGAGGUUCUCCAUCUGCAUUAAAUUGUUCCAAGCAUCUAUAUAGUAGACGCUAGAGGGAGUGAAUCAGCUAUGCCCUUUGAUUCACAAUAUCAAGCGGAUCCGAAAGUACCGUUAGAUAGCAUCGAACUUUAGGCCUUUAAAUUUCGGCCAGUGACACUUUCUGGGUUCGAAGGUUUUUUAACAAGUCAAAUACAAAACUGGAAAGAC